GAUAGUUCUUGAUAAUGAUAUGUCAAUGUCAAUUCAAAUAAAUUUUAUUUUUAAUUUUAUUACAUAGGAAAUCACGCAUUCGCGCUAUUUAUGAAUACUUAAAAACUAUCACAAAUAAUUGAAUAUCCUGCCGAAGAUAUACUAAACAAAUUUUUAUAUAACCCACAAUGGACGAAGACUACGCAAAAAAGGUCGCCGAAUUAAAAAGUAAAAUAAAAAGUUUCCCCGACUUUCCCAAAAAGGGGAUUUUAUUUUGGGACAUAUUCUCUGCACUAGCAGAUGGUAGUGCAUGUAAGCUGUUGCAACAUUUACUGGUGCAGACCAUCCGUGCCAGGUACCCUGAUGUGGAAGCCAUUGUGGGGCUGGAGGCCCGAGGGUUCCUGUUCUCAUUCUCACUGGCUGCUGAACUAGGUGUGGCAUGCUUGCCGGUCAGGAAACCUGGAAAGCUUCCUGGAGAGGUUGUCUCUUACAAAUAUGACCUAGAAUAUGGUUCGGACACACUGGAAAUCCAAAAGAACGCAAUCAAACCAGGCCUCAAGUGCUUGAUACUGGAUGACCUAAUAGCCACUGGCGGGUCUAUCGCUGCAGCCGCCGCGCUGCUCAGGACCUGCGGCGCUGAGGUCCUCGGCUGCGUGGUGGUGAUAGAGCUGGAGUCUCUCCGCGGCCGUCACAACAUACCCGAAGAUAUAUCCGUACAUUCCCUCAUCAAAUAUGACUAAAUAACAACUAAUUUAUCGCAUAUUGGUAAAAAGAGUAAAUUAAAUUAUUGGUAAAACAAACCAAUUGAAACCCUCUUUCUUUGGAAGUCGGUUAAAAAUUUAAUUUAUAGAUAUUAACUCAGUUAAAUUCAAUUUUUCAACUGGAUAUGGCUUAAUAUUUGAACAUCCGAAUGUGUUUUGACUCUUUUUACCAAUCAGCUAUAUUUACCAGCUAUAAGUAAUAUAAACUAUGUAAUAGUUAUAUUAUUUGACGCUACUUCGUGCAUACAACGUCGGAAUUAGCUUAUGGCAGA